CUUCUCGCACCUGUAUGUCUUGCAUGGCGAGUACGGCAGUGUUCCUGCUGUGGUCGUUGUCGUGUGCAAUGUCACAAUCCCUGCUGUCCUUCUUCCUCUCUUGUGUGUGUGUGUGAAUUUCUGACCACUUUCACCACACACACACGCACACACACGCCACGCACACACACACGCCACGCACACAUGAUGAGGAUGGGUGCACUGGCCACGACUAGGCUGCCACUGUUGCUGGUGUUGUCGGUGGUGCUGCUGGGAUGUGCCGUGGGGUUCAGUGCUGCGGCGACCACGAUCGAUGUGCAUCGUCUUGCCCAAGUCACCACCGCACAGCAAAUACUCGGGUCCACGAGCACGUCAUUUGAAGGGCGGCUGACACGGAAUGCGGCCGGGUACGGCGUCCUGUUGAUCACGUGGCCGGAACUGGCCCGCCUCUCCUCGUUGGAGCAGCUCAAGUGCUCCGCACUCGUGGUGACCCUGCCGACAGCCGAGGAGGACGGCUCAGAGAUGCAGCACGCGCUCUGGCACGCACUCAAGCUUCGCCUUCUCUCUCGCGAGUGGUCGAUCCCCGUGUACUUUGUGAAGCCAGACGCACCACACGUGCAGGACAUGUUGGCAACCGGGUUGGCUGGCAAGACCAAGGCCAAGGGCAAGGUCGACUUUGGCGCUUUCCUGCGCGGCAACUAUCACCUCAAGGUGGACGCCCCAAGCCCAACUGCACACGACAGCCUGGAUUCCCCAGCCUUGCACGUGCACCUCCGCGGCGUGUCUGAAGAGAAGCCCAUCCUCAUCGUUGCGCACUACGACACAUACGGCGCCGUCCCCGGUGUCGCUGAAGCGGAUGGCACGGGUCUUGCGUCGGCGCUCCACAUGCUGCAGCAGCUCUCCAACCUCUAUCGUGACACAACCACACUGCCAAAGCGAAGCGUGCACUUUCUGAUUGUCGGGCAGUCGUCUCUCGGCUACGCGCCGCUCAGCGCUUGGAUCGAGCGAUAUCGGCCAGCCGACCUCUCGUUUGCCGUGUGCCUCUCAUCGCUCUCAACAACGCAGCACAACCGCCUGUUCAUGCACGUGUCCAAGCCCCCACGCGAUGGCAGUGAUCUUGGCGUCUUUGUGGACAUUCUCAACGCCACGGCGAGCGAGCGUGGACUCCCCAUAUCCAUGGUGCACCGCAAGAUUAACCUGGCAUACGACCUGCGCAGCUGGGAGCACGAGCAGUUCAGUCUGCACCGCCCGCGGACACCGGCAAUGACGCUCUCCACCAUCCCCGAUGCGCCGCAACACGGCACCCUCUUCCCGCGCGCAGAGAAGACGGCCGCCAUUGAUCCCGCCGCCACAUCCGCCGUCACGUCUGCUCUCAGCGAAGCGCUCGCACUCGUCCUCACAGACACGAACAACGAGGACGAGGAGUCAGCUGUGCGCCGGGAGGGCGUGCUUGCAUCGGUCCACACGCGCGACGAUUUGCUGACGGCGUGGAUCCAAGAGAUGGAUGAGCAGCCGCUGCUGCCCCAGGACACACACGCAGCGGCAGAGUUCCUCACACGCGUGCAGCAGUAUCUGAGCAAACGGUACGGCGUUGCCGCCCGCUACCUCAACUUCGACAUUACCACUGCCGCUGUUGUGCCGCACAGCCCAAUCAACGCAAAGAUGGUGGAGCAGCACACCGCUCCCCCCGGCUCCGAGCUGGUUGUGAUUGGCGCCGCCCUGUACUACGCCGCGAUUGUUUAUGUCGUCAUGCGCCAGCUGUGUGCCGCCACCAAGAAGAAGCGCGAGGCUCAUCAUGUGCAGCAGUGUGUGAUGAAUGAGUGUGUGAGAGUGCGCGAGUGA